ACUUCAUUACGCCCACAGAGACAGAGCAGCAGCAGUAGACAGAGGUGACACCGAGUGGCAAUGAAACGUGUGACUGAGCGUUCAGUACACCAGAGAGAAGUGAGAUUUAGGAGUGCUGUUUUUAAACGAUAAGAUAAAAUGGGGAAGCUUCUUCUAUUUUUCCUCGUUUUGGUUCUCUGUUUGAGUGGUACGCUUCAGAAGAAAGGGAAAAGGAGAAACAAAAAGCGGAGUAACAGCUCUGAGACUGGGGUUGUUGUGCCCAGAACAUAUCUAGGGAACCUAGACACCAAACAACCGACCAACAUCAUUUUUGAUGUCCUGAAUGGGACAAAAGCUCCCGUUUCAUCUCAUUCCCUUCCAGCUCUGCGGUCCCUAAGCAACAGCACAGCCGAGAACCUCCGCGGCGCUCUGAGCACGCGGGUCAUCCCCAUCAUUUACAUGUUGGUCGUUGCUGUCGGGAUCCCAGCCAACGUCGCCAUCUUGUGCACGCUGGCCUCUAAAAUUAGGAAGGUGUCCUCGGCCAUCCUCUACUACAGCCUGGCCGUCUCCGACCUCCUCCUCCUCCUCUCCCUCUUCUUCAAGGCUCACUACCAUUUCUAUGGAAACGACUGGGUGCUCGGAGAGGCUGCCUGCCGAGUGGUCACGGCCUGUUUCUAUGGCAACCUCUACUGCUCGGCCCAGACGCUGGCCUGCAUCAGCAUCAAGCGCUACCUGGCCGUGGUGCACCCGUUCAUGUACAAAAGUCUCCCCAAGAGGGCGUUCACCGGCUGGGUCAGCGUGGCUGUGUGGGGCGUGUUUGGUGCCGCCGUCGUCCCCGAGCUCCUCGUCCAGCAGAGCUAUUGGCUCCCUGAAGUGGAACUUACCACCUGCCACGACGUCCUGCCCCGGGACUCGAACUCCCACGUCUUCCUGCUAUACUACAACCUGUUUCUGACCAUCUUCGGCCUCUUUGUGCCGCUGGUGGUCACGGUCGUGUGCUACGCAAGAAUCGUGCGCGAGCUCAACCGAUCGCACCACGACUGGACGAUGUACAUCAAGGCCAGCUCCCUGGUGUUGGUCAUCUUCCUGGUGUGUUUCACUCCCGCUGGAGUCCUGCACUUCCUCCAUUAUGUGCAGCUGUUUGCGUAUGGAACGGAUAGUUUGUACGUGUACUUUAAAGUGGCGGUGUGUUUGUGCUGCCUCCAUGCCUGUCUCGACCCCUUCCUCUUCGUCCUCAUGUCCAAGUCUGCCGGCUCCAGUCUUUACCUCAGGGGCUUUAAAGGAAAGACCCUGAGCCUGUCUGUCUGAGAGAGAGAGAAACCUGUACGUGAGAGUUUCUCUGUGGCUGGAAUCCAAAGAGAAAGCAAAACUUUAUAUAUGAUAAACGGACUUCUUGUUGUAUUAAAUGUGCUCUCUCUGCAAGUAGAAUAAUUUUUUAUUUUUACAUACAGUUUUCUUGUGUGAGUCCGUGUCAGAGGGAGGGAGUGAGAAGGCAGAUGGUCAAUAUGUUUAUGUAUGUUUAUGUUUGUAAAAAUGAAAACAAAGCACGCAUUUAUUCAUUUACAUGUAUAUAUUAUACACAUGAUUGUUCGGGUUGUUCUAAUGCACCGUUUUUAGCUAUACCUACGAAAAUAAUGCACUGUAAUUCGUAUUAAUCCCACGAAUUAACGGUUUAUUAACUGUUCGUGUCCCGUGUGAAACCAGAAGUCAACGUUGAUUUGUCACGUAACUUACGCACUUCCGAAGUCAAAUCGCGAUCUUCUCCUACACCUAACUAACCAGUUUUAUUGCCUAAACUUAACCAAAUUGAUGUUUUCCUAAGCCUAGCUAAGUAGUUUUCUUGCCUAAACCUAAGGAAGUUGUUACCUGUGAUGACGGAUGUUUAUUUUGAAAAGACUGUAUGCAUGUAACGAGCGGAAAUUGACACGUGUUGCUGGACAUUCGUAGGAAAACAAACACAAAAGGAGGCCUAAUUUUUUGUAAGAUAUGAACCGUUGUAUGAGAAUAUGUUGGAUUGUUAAUGAUCUUGUUUUCUGGUUUAACAACAACAGUCUGUGUUGUUUUAAUGUUCUCAUUCUGUAGAAUUUUCAGGGAAAAAAUAACAAAAAAAUAUUUAAGCUGAAGUCUUCCUGUGACAUUUAUGCUUGAAAUGUAUAACAGACAAGGAAUAACAUGAAAUAGACUCUUUUGUGCCUUCCUGUUCUCAUUAUGGAGCUAUGAUGAUUAAAACUCAACUAUGUCUACGCUA